AUGGUGGCUCAGAAACCUUCAUCCCGGAUCCGCGACUGGGGUUAUAGUCCUGGGCGCUUCCCCACAGGUCCUCGCAAUUCUGUUCUCGAUGUCCCCGGCGUUCGUGUCGGCCAAGUAGACAUCAACAAGGGCGAGGACGUGCACACCGGUGUGACGGUCAUCUUCCCCCGAGGCAUCGACAAGACGACUUACAUUCCAUGCUACGGGGCGGUGCACGACAUGAAUGGCAUUGGUGAAUGGACGGGGGUGCACCAACUCCGCGAAUGGGGGUUCUCCCGAGCGGUGCGUACGAUUUUCGCAUUUCCCCUGGUCGUGAUCCCGUCGGAAGAUUUGACGAAUCAUACAGCCGAUUGCAUUCACGAAUACCGUCAGCGUGGGCAAAGUCUACGACACCCCUGGCGGUGGACGGCCCAGCGCCUCCGACAAGACGGCAUCGCGGACCUGCUUGACCAGGUGCAGUACUAUGGAUUUCCUACCGUCGGCGAAACCUUUGACGGCCUGCUCAACAACAUAUUCAAAAGUGCCGUGGAGGAAGAGCACGUCCUAGCGGCCAUCAAGAGCGCCGAAACCCAGGGGGCUGCCGGCACGGGAACAAGCUCGCGCGUCUUGAAAGGCGACGGGGACAUCGAGUACACUGUUGGCGUCAUUGUGCAGAACAACUAUGGCAGCAUGGACGACCUGCAGAUUGACGGGGUGCCCGUGGGGAGGAUGCUCAAGGCCAGAAAGAUGGCCAUGGCGGCGCCGACGGCCCCGGAGAGUGGCAAGGCCGCCGAGGGAACCCAACGGGCCGGCAUGGGCCUCUCGCAAGUUUCCGGCCACGGGGUCGGGCGGAACUUUAGCGGCGAGUUCUUCAUGGCCCUUUCCACCGCAAAUACUCCGGAAUCGCCGUCGUCAUGGGACGGGGUGAGUAGCAGUUUGCCGCCGUUGCUGGAGACGGAUACCGUGGAGACGAUGAAAUCCAUGCUCAUUGACUCGGUGUUUGUUGCCGCCGCCGAGGCCACCGAGGAGGCGCUUCUGAAUUCCAUGACGGAGGCUGAGACGAUGAAGGGAUUCAACGGAUUCGAGGCCAAGGCACUGCCGAGAAAGGAGGUCGAGGAGCUGCUCAGGAAGCAUGGGAGAGGAUACGUGCGGGAUCUGGUACCUGAGUCAUAUACCAGCCAGAUUGGCUUGUGA